AUGAAUUUAAAUCCUUUUAAUUGUCAAGAAUGCAGCCUAAAAUUUGACUCAGAAAACAGAUUGCCUCUUGUGUUGCCAUGCGGAGACUCUCUCUGCAUGGUAUGUGCUGUGCAGCUCUGUAAUUUCUCUUCAAGUCGAAAAAUGUGUAAAAAGUGCCAUCAACCAUAUGAACUUUCACUACAAAAAAUUAAAGACAUGCCAAAAAACAAAGCUUUAUUAGAUCUUUUACUUUUGAAUAUACAAAUUAUUCCACAGGCAAUAAAGCAGAGAAAUGAAUUUAUUUUAAGCACACCAACACGAAAGUUUCAAAGCCCGUUAUCUUUUGAUGAGCGUCAUUCAUUUACCCCAGAUACUUAUUCAAGGAUUGCUUUUGAAGGCACUCCUGAAAGAAGCUAUAUAAGAACAAAUCUUUUUGCAUCAAAGGAUAGGCAAAGCAAAGAAGAAAAAUAUAUUCAAUAAUUAAAAUAAAAUUUUAAAAAAAAUUUUGGACUAUUUUUAGGAAUAAGAAGAAAAUAAAGAGGUAGAAAAAAUUUCGAAAUUUAAAGUGAAAACUGAAGAAGAGCCUGAAAUAAAAAGUGAAACACCAGAGAUUACAAAUGAAAAUUUAAGCCAAAAAUGCUUACUCUUCCUUGUGAAUUAGCAAAGCAACUGGAAAAAUCCUAAUUUUUGAGGAAAAAAAUUCUACAGCAAACGAGCAACAUUUUUGUAUAUACAAUAUUUUUAUAAACUUAUUUUAAGCAUAGGUCAUAGCAUUAUGAGAUCAAUGACUAACUAAAUCUAUUAAAUUUUAGACAAAGACAUUCUGAAAUAUAAAUUCAAUAAAUAAAAAAUUAUUAAUUUUUUUGAAUUGGAAUUGUUUAAAAUAAAAUUUAACUAAAAUUAAAUUAAAAAUCGACUUCCUCACUAAGAAAAGGAGGAGAAGGAGGAGUUAAGAGAAAACUGUGAAAAUAAAAAAUCCUGCAAUGAAGGGAAAAUUUUUAAUUACUGUAGCUUAAAUUGCUAUAAUUUGGACAAGGCUGUUUUCAGUUAAAUAACUUAAAAAAAUUGCAUCAAUCUUACUAGAAAGUUGCAUUUAUUUUUAAAAUGGAACAAAAAAUACUCCAAAAAAAAUAGGACAUAUUGCUGCUUUGAAGAAUAG